GUAGUGAAAUACGAAGAAAGAAAAUAAUUUGGAAAAAUGCCUUGUCAUUUUCGGAGUAUGUUUUCCAAUCGUUACAAUAACAAGCAAGAGCGUUUCUAUGAGCGAUAUGAAGCAAUAUGUCGAGCUAUACCCAAUAUGCCACCAAUGCAACGACCCCAAGUUAACAAAUCUACAAUUGCAUAUAAUAAGGGCAGGAGAAAGAGGUAUCAGGAUGGAAUGGCUGAGCCCAGCGCCGAUUGGCGAACUGGCGAUAAUGUGCCAAUUGUAGAGCGUCGCAGAAUAGAGUUGGCAGGAGACAUACAGUUAAUGGAUAUUCUGUACACGCCGAGUAGCGAGUUCAGUCACACUGUCUGGCCAGUUGAGCCGGCAGAUGAGGAGGAGCUCAGCACAUCCUCGGCCAACAAGCGAGUGCAGCGGAAUGGCACCAAGCUGGACAGAAUCAAGAAGUUGACCAGGGACAUAAGAUGCCGCAAAAAUAAAAAAGAAAUGGAAACCAAUAAGCAAGUCGAGCUACAGCAAAACCCAGUUCGCGCUGAGCAAGUACAAUCCGAUCCGGUCAAGAAAAAAGUGGGAGGUCGUCGCAACAAGCAGCCGGGUGAGCAAUUCCAAUGCACCGAGUGCAUUAAGAAAUUCGACAAUUCCUGGAUGCUGGUCGCUCACAUGCGAACCCACACCGGUGAGAAGCCCUUUGUCUGCCCAGAGCAGAGCUGUCAAAAAUGUUUUGCAGAUCGCUCCAAUAUGCGGUCGCAUCAGCGCACCAUGGGCCAUCAUGUGUGGAAAUUUCAGUGUGGCCAAUGUGGCAAGUACUUUGGCCAGGAGUGCUAUCUGAAACGCCACUCACUGGAAGCUUGUCGCAAGUACCUGCUGACAGCAAAGCAACGAAAAUAAUUGACUAACGAAUUAAUUACAAAGUCACGGUAAAAUGUUGCAUUAAAUAAAAUAAUUAAAAUAAUUGUUAAUAUGUACACACUUGCAAGGAGUAUUAGACUAGUGAUAUUUAUAUUAUUGCCAAA